GUUCGUCCUAUCACAUACGAGAUAAGACUUGCAUGUGACGAGCCUUGACCAAUCAAGGGCUAUGUCAUGGUGACGCUGCAUGAUUUGUUAGUCCUAUCACUUACGAGGUUUUGAGCACGACGGAAGAUCGCGCGAAACGAGAACAUAUAAACACAAAAAAGUUACUAUUCUGAAGUUGUCUUACGAUUUUCAUUCAUUGCUCCAUACAAUGGCUGGACGUCGCCUCGCUUUCAGUACCCCCGAGACUCCGCAGGGACGAAACACUUCAAGUCCCACAACGGAUAACAGGAUCUUGCUGGCAGCUAUCAGUGGGCUUUCGUGUCAGUUAAGUGAGUUCUCUGCCGAUGUCUCCCGGGAGUUCAGAUCUAUCAACGAUAGAUUGCAGUCUUUGGAAGAAAGACCAACUCCUAGUGAGUCUAACAGCUGCUCGAUGGAGGCGUUCAAAAGGAAGAGGCGUCUGCAUAAUCCCAAAAUUGCGGAGGCAGUCCGUCGGCUACAUAACUCAGAAGCAAACUGUAGACGCUAUGACCCGGAGCAAGGUUUGAACUCCCCAUAUAAUGAGAUGGUCACCUCAUUUUUAGUUGGAACCCUGGCUGCAAGCCCACAAUUGACUGAUGAAGGUCUAGAUAAGAGUGCCUUUGUUGUGGCCUGCAAGACAUAUUAUGAAACUCUGCGCAGAAAUUUCCGGUACAGCCAACCAGAGCUAGUCAGUGUGGCUGCAUCUACUAAGACCUUAGCCCGGAGUCGCCAGAGGAGGAAGAGGCUGUUGGAGGCUAGGCAGAGUGUACUGGCUGCGGACGAGGUGGACUUCUGGAGGGGCAUCACUGCUGACAUGAUGUCUGAUGAAGAAGAUGGUACUAUUGAUGGAGUGUCGGGGUGGAUUGUGAGAACUCCAUCGUUCCGCAGCCAGGAGCUCAGCAUUCUGUGUUCCACACUGCAAGCAAGACUGGAAGCUAGAACAAAGUAUGCAGCACUGCAUCACCAGCGUCUGCGGGGUGGAUUACCUUCUGGUAGAUUGCCACCGCAAAUUUAUGACUCAGAGGCGGCAAAAAAGCACCUGAAGCCAAGCCACGUAUGAUGCCCUAUCC